AGUCGCGUCGCCCCUGCAGCCUCCGCCGCCUCGCAGCCACAGAGAGCAGCCAUGGCCGCCCGACACCUGCUCCCACUCGCGCUGCUCUGCGCAGCCGCCAAAGCUGCGCUCUGGAUGCCGCUGCCCAGCUACAUCACGCCCUGCUCGCGGAACGACCCCGAUGUGAGCGGCUGCGCCCUCAAGUCCGGUCGCGCCGCCAUGAAGGACUUCAUUAACGGGGACCGUCAGUACCGUAUCCCAUCGCUGAACCCGUUGCGCAUCGAUACGCUGGCUGUGGACGAAGGCUCGGGGCCGCUGGGGCUGGCCUUCGUCGCCAACAACGGAACUGUCUAUGGGCUUGCUGACACAAGCAUCGAUGACGUUAGGAUUGAUCUCAAAAACCAGCAUGUGGAGUAUGAUUUAACAAUGCCACGCCUUGAGCUCCUCUGUAUCUACAAUGUAAGUGGGAAGGUGCUUCUAUUGCCCAUCGUUGGGAAUGGGCCAGGCAAUAUAACACUAAUUGGUGUGAAGAUACGCUACAUAUAUGAUUUUGGGUUUGAGUCCCGAACACGUGAUGGUGAGACUAAAUCAUUUGCCAUUCCCAAGAACAGCAAAUUGGAAUACAAUGUCACACGUGCCUACAUCCACCUUGAUAAUCUCUUCAAUGGUGACAAAUUAUUAGGGGAAACAACAAAUAGAGUACUGAAUGAAAACUGGCAAGACCUCGCUAAGGAAGUAGGACCUACAAUAGCAGAGGCCAUUGGAGAAGUCAUGCGACAAAUUCUACAAAAUAUUUUUGAUGUUGUAUCCUAUGAAGAUGCUUUCCCUGAUAAAGUGUAACAACAACACACAGUGAUGGAGAUGUUGUAUACCUAUGCAGUGAAGCAACAGAGCUCCAGUCCGCUGAAUCCACAUACCUAUUGGACAAGAUUAAUCAAUGUUCUGAAUACCAGUAGGCUAUGGACUUGCUGAACAAACCUAAGAAUAACAAUGGUGCUACAAGUUUGCUCUUUACUUGUGCAAUUUAAUUCAUGCCAGGACUGAGAAUGUACAAGAUACUUGGUAACCUACCCAAAAAUUUAUGUACUUGUUUAUUAAAAAGAUGUGAAUUAACUUGUAAAUGGGUACUGAGCAAAAGGUACAACCAGGCUUUCUUCGUGUGUCAAUAAUUGUCAUUUUUGGGAAGGGCAGUCCUCUGACCUGUUACACAGAUUGAGUCACGUAGGAUGUAACACCUUUUUAUUUCAUGAACAGUUCCAGGUAUCGAAACAAGGUUUUCUGCUGUUUACAGUAUGCUUAGGGGUACAUAAUGUAUUGUAUGGAUAAUUCUCUGAAUUCUAAUCUCAGCUGAAGUGUUGAAACAAGUAUGGUUUUUUAAGGAAUAAUAUACCUACAUUUUAUAACUGCAUUGAGUAGCUCUUGGAAAUACAAUUGCAUUGAUAUAGUGCUUCUUAAUAUAGAUGUUGAGCCUUUCACAAAAGAAUCCAUGACAGGUACUACAAUGGGAAAGAAAUGUGGUCAAAUCCAGCUAUUGUGAUGUAAACACCACUGAGCAGAGCUCUCAUGCCAGGCUCCAUCAUUAUAAGCAGCAGGACAGGCCUAUGUUACCAAGAUAAAACCUCAUGUAGAUACAGUGCCUGGAGACACCUGAAUGCAAAGAUAACACACCUGCUGUUGGACAAAUGUCCCUAUAAGUACUACUCAAAAAUGUAAUUAAAUGGAACUCACUUCAAAUAAACUAAAAAUUUUAUGCAGAAUGACUGACAACAUGUCACUCACAAAUAAAUACUUUUAUUAAUGAAA